GCAAUUCGGCCCUUCGACGGUGCGGAUGUUGCGCCGCUUUGCAUCGCGUACAAUCUUGAUCACCGGAAGUACAAUUUCGCAUCUCUGGUCAGACAUUCGCGUCAGCUUUAUUCUGUCUCCCCCAAAAUUUUUCAAGUGCUUGUCGAUCGCGCUGGUCGCGGUGCCGGUGAUCGUUUGAAAUCGACUUUCCGUGUGUGAAUCUUGGCAGUCAAACUGAACUAUUUAACAAGCUACUAUACAAUUGCUCUGCAACUUUCGGAGCGAGGUGAAACUAUUGCUACACGGCGAUCGAACUAUUUGCGGUGUUGCUUUUGCAGGACGUUCAUCACGAAAGCUCUGCUCGAUAAAGCGCAGCUUUAAGCUACGCCUGACCGGCGUGGCGCCUGUAUUAAAGGGAGAUAUGCUCGAAGCAGCGACGGCGAUCAACUGACAGCCACGGAAUCGGAGUAUUCGAAACAGACCGACGACGAGUACCAGUGCGGUGGUUUAGUGUCACAAUCCGAUGAAGAAAUGCAAAGUCGACAGCGUGAAUUUACGUAAAUCGCUACAUGUAACGUAAAAGGUGAACGUAAACGUGGCUGAUGUGAGAUGUAGCGCCUCGUUGGAGUCUGAAGUCUUUUGCUUCCGCAAAAGGAAGGCGGCAAUUGAUUUGUUCAUUCUCCAGGAUUAAUUCGUGUACAGUUUGCAUGUGCUCGCGCUCGCUCGUUGAUGGUGAACCCUGAAGUGAUACCGUCACCAAGUGCUGCCGACGUAAGAACAAAGACGACAAAGGAACGUCACGGCACUUUCGCAAUGUAUCUGUGAGUUGGAUAUUAGGAAAGACUCCUCUUCUCCUCGCAGGAUGACGAAACGCUGUCUACCGGACGCCUUAGACUAGUCGUCACAGUGGAGUUCUGCUUAAUCGCAGCCUCGGGAGGGGGUGGUUCGAUGUUGGUCCCUCCCGUGGCCCACAAUGGGACUGGGGAUCGUUCCGUAGGGGACACGGUGGCACGGGCCCAGCAGACAACCGGCCCCGCUGCCGCCACGACGACCCUAUGGCCUUUAGCACCUGCGCAGCACAAUCAGGUUCCCAAUCAACAGACCCAGGGUAUACCACCUCUAGCUGCUACGCCUGCGCCCGCUCACAAUCAAGGUGCGAACCGCUACGGACUGUACUCGUUAUUCCCAGGGGGUGGCGGAGGCAGUUACGUCGCCGCCCCCCCCGCCACCCCCGGGCCACCACCGGCACGGGCUUAUCAUGCGACGACGCACAAGGAACGAACAGUUUCAGAGAGCGUGUUUUCCGCGGCGGUCGGAGUAGGGGUGGGUGGCUACACCUGGGGCGCUCCCACGCCCCCGCCGGGAUCACCCUACAGCCCCGUGCCCGUGACACAGCUGGAACUGCUGGCUAAAAAUUUGGCGAAUCUGGCGCCCGCGGCCGCCGCCGCGGGUCAGCAGGCCCUGAGUCUGCAGGGUGUUGGUGUUAACGUGGCAGGUAGCCUCCAUCAUGCCCAGCAUACGCAGCACACGCAGCACACCCUCAAUCUCACCGGACUUCACCAUCUGCAUCACGGUGGCCUCCACCAGAACGCGUUUUCGCCCCAACUGUCCCUGGUAGGCAGCGCACCAACGCUGACCAUCAACAGCUUCUCCUCGCCGAACUCGACGAACGGCGUCGCGCCAACAACGGGCGUUCUCCUGCAGGAAUACCACUCCCCGACAGGAGCAACAGCGGCGGCGACAGGAUGUACCGUCACCAUGAACGGUUCCUCUUGCUUGACCAACACCAGCAGCACGACCAGCAGCAUGGUGGUACACGGCAGCGGCAGCGGUGGCGGUGGUGGUGGCGGCGGCGGCAACCAGACCACCGUUCAAGCCACUGCCACGACGAAGAAACGAGAGGCUUUCCUUUCCAGUCAAGGCCAACCGGUGAAGCUGGAGAACAAAUCGACCAGGACGUCGUGCCUCUGCAGGAACAGCAACGGCAAGACAAAGGUGGUGCAUUCAGACGUGGGAUGCAGCAGAACGUUACCUGUCGUUUCGUCCUGGAAUGGUCAGGAUAGUAGUAUUAACAAUAGCGGUGCUAGCCUGACGGUAAAAAGGGAGCCUUUGGCUUCGGUGCCUUGUCAGGUUGCCGAGGUUUCUACAUCCCUUCACGCCACCACUACCUCUGUCAAGAUUGAACCCGUUCCACCCAAGUCCGAAAAUGGCAUAGUGGUUUCUAAUGCGGGGUCCGGUGGCAUACCGGUUGGCAUUGCUGUGGCGAGGCAACGAUUACAGCAUCAGGAGACUUCGACGUCUAUGCGCAAUGUAUCCUUAAGUCAUCACACAUCGCAUCACGCGACAAGUUAUCAUCAUUUCCAGCCGGACACCCUAGGUUCCAGCACGGCCAUGGCGGUAGGCGGCACCACCCUAGUGCACUGCGGAGGGCCUGGAGGGGAGGAUCGUGCGGCCCACCUCGCUGCCAUUCCCUCCGGGGCGCUCGCGCCCUCGCUGAGCCUGAAUUCCAGUCUAAAUUCCAGCCUGAAUUCCACCCUGGGCAGCAUCGGCGGCGCACCGGCAGCCGCGACCGACGCGGCCGCCGCUACGUGGCCGCCCACGCUGUGGCAGUACCCGGCUACAGCGGCUGCAGCGAUGCCAACGGAGCCGGUUGGUUUUCCACAGAUGAGUUCAGGUCUGCAAGGUGGAUUGCAGCUAGUCCGCGAUCCAACGACCGGACACAUUCUACUGAUUCACUCUGCGGAACAAAUGCAGCAGGCAGUAGUGUGGCCGAAUUAUUCGAACCACAGCAAUAAUGUCGCACCGCCGCCACUUUUGCUGCCACCCCCGCCACCCUCGAUACAGCUUUUGGGUGAUAUUGGUGGUGCGCGAUUGGUAUUGACUGAAAACAAAAGGAAGCAACAAAGUACGCUACCAAUAGUGAAGAUUGAGACAGAAUGCAGCAACAGUCCAACUACCAUAAUUUCGUCCACCGAAUCGUCAAAAACUGCCUUGCAGACCAUGACAUCCGUGACAGGCGCUUUGGUACCGGACGCAGCUCUGGUCACCACGCUGCAUUAUUAUCCCCAAGCGCCGGCGUUAGUGCAAAUCAGUCAGGCCGAGCCUACCACGCACUGCAGGUCGCAGGCCACGUCACCAGUUUCGUAUCUGACACCACCUCCGGAGAUACCGACAACGGUGCAUGCUAUCGAGCCACCGUCGUUUGGAGUCCAGGAUGCUUCAAAUCAGACCGACGCGCCCGAGGAUGCUGAGGAGCAGAAGCAGGAACCGUUCGUGAAACAGGAGCAAAAUCUAAGUCCCUGCCAAGUUGCAUCCUCGCCUGGAGGAACAAAUUUGACUGCUGCGAAUUUCGAGAUCGUGGCAUCGCCGACGGAGAGGAUCUGUAACGUUGUCAGGAUCACAACAACCACGACUACGAUGAAUCCAACCGCCUGUGGCAUCGUCGCCAAGGUCGAUAAAGCGGAGAAUACAAUCAUCAACAUGGCUGAUUGCGCCAAGUUUUCAGCGAAAGAUAGCAGAAAUAUCGUCAGGUCGAUCGAGCAUGACGCUCGAGUUGACGAGGAAAGUUUCAAGGACGAAAAAGUACCUACUUGCAGCAGAAACAACAGAAUUGGCGCUAGGAUAAUAGAAAUCACCGAAGAGAAUUGUGAUAGCUUCCACGAGAACCUCGAGUUCUUCGCGAGGAGAAGAGAUGAUCAUCAAGACAAUUACUUCAAAGACGAGGACAACGUACAAGAGUCUAAAAUUCAAGAAAAAAUAGAGAUCGAAUCAAAGACUAUCAAUACUUCGGAGAACAUCGAAACCCACCGACCAGUGUGCUCCAAGACGGAACCAUCGAUCUUCAAUCAAGCGAAACCGAACGUCGCUGAUUCUACAGAAUCGUCAAAAGUCAACUGCGAAAGCUGUGAUAAGAAUCGAAACGUUUCCACGAAUAGCGAGACCCGGCCUCAAAUCACGGUGAAGUCCUUCGACAUGCCCAAUAUUGAUUGCGACGAUCAGGAGAUGCAACAAGUGGUCAUCAAGCAAGAGGCUGACGACAACUGCUACGAAACAUGCUAUGAAUCAUCGCAGUGCGAGCCGACGUCAACCAGUGAAAGAGCCAGGCCCAAUUGUGAAAAAUUAUCACUAGAAGUGACUAAAAGGCACUCGACGGAAAAAUCUCAUUAUCCAGGUAUCGAGAAUGUGGUGGAGAAGCUGAAGAAGAAUGCAGCGGCUGCUCUGCAGGAAGCCUCGUUGACCGUCUCUCACAAGAUCGAGGAAUCCGCGGAGGGAUCGAGCGUGGAAAACGUCAAAUCGAAGAGACAAUUCGAGACGAUCCCGAAAAAGCUACAUUUUUUGAGGUCCUGUCAGACCUCGAUGGAAAAUAGCAUCGACACUGAAGUAUCUUCUUCGCAGAUUGCAAUGACGGAGCAACAUGUGCACGAUCAAUCGAGACCGUUCACGCCUCAUAUGGAGGAUCCGGACGAAGACAGGCACUCGUUGAGCAGUAGCAAGUGCGACACAUCUGGCGAAUGCCUGCUUAGUGACAAUAAUAAUGAUAGCAGGAGUAACAACAAUAACAUCAAGCCAGAGGAUAAGAAGGUAUUCGCCAAGAAUGAAGGAAACCUUUCGUGUGACGUUACCGCCUACGUCAAGCCCAAGACUGCUCUUCGCUGGCGUUGUGAGGUGCAGCCUCCACACGGGAAACUCCACACGACUAAUAUAACUAAAUAUAACUCCGUUGAAGACGCAUCUUCAGAAAUAAAGCUCAAAACUCAGAGGCAAAAACUAGCCAUCGAUGUGAGCGGUCUCGAAUUACUGUCGAAUAGCAUCGAGCAGCUGGAGCAACGAGUUGGUCAACCGGAACAUUUGCAAAUGGACACGGACAUCGAGAAAUCGCCGAUAAUCAGUCCACAGAGCGAAAAUAACAACAACGUUGGCAACCGACUUGGCUUACUCUGUGCUCUGGCUGAACAAAUUAUGAAAGUAGACGAUAAGACGCCUCCAAAAUCAAUUCCUUCAGAAAGUGCUGAAGAAAUCUCAGAUGCCGGCAGAUUGUUGCUAGAUCUCGGCAGAGGCGGCUGUUCUGAAAAAGACGGGAAUAAGAGAAAACAUCUGGAGAGCGAGAGACAUUACUCUAAGCGAUUGAAAUUUUACGAUCGCGAAGAGACCGAUAAUGCUUCCCUAAACUAUCAAGAAGUUAUAAAGAGCAGGACUCUUCGUGAUAUACAGACACAGCAAAAAGAAUGUCUUUUAAAAUUGAAGGAAACCACCAAACGUCACAUUGAUUUUCCCGAGGAAGAAAUUGGUAACAUCGAUGGUGGAAAAAUUGUUGAUUCAAAAGAGCAGCCUGUCGAUGGAAACGAUCAAAAUAGUUACUCCCACAAAUGUAGCAUAAAACUUACAAAUGUUCAUGCUUCUUCAGAUGAAACACAUGAUGAGUUACAAACUUACGAUAAUGUCGCCAAAGACAACAAUCUCUCGGAUUCGGAAGGCGAAGUGUUCGUUGAAACAAAGGUUUUAUCCGGAGAGGCAAAAAAUUACGAACUUGAGAAUAAAAAACGUAAAAGUAUCGAAGAGAAAGAUAAUCACGAUUAUAAAAAUGCCCGAACGAAAUCGGAGGCAAAGAAAUUCAUAGCCAAGAAGAGUAAUCGUGAUAAUGACGAUGACUGGCCAAAUAUGAACGCUACUGAGCUCGAUAUGCGAGUCAGAAUGGCCGAUAUACAAAGACAAUAUAGAGAGAAACAGAAGGAGCUCUCUAAGCUAACUCCUAAGAAGGACGACAAAAAGAACGUCGGCAGAAUGCGGAAGAAGAGCCAUUCUUCUGUUAGUUCUGAUCAUGGAACACUAUCAUCGCCACCUGCAUUGGAUCUCAUAAGCUCUCCUUUACAAAAAUCACCGACGAGAUCACCGAGUUCACCGGAUGGCGCAUCUCCACCAUUAGCUUCAGCCGUCCUAAAUAUGCCAAGAUGUAACGUGAAUCUCGUCAAACUCGGCGAGCCAAGGAGUCACAUAAAGCUGUUGGAUAGUAUACCUAGCAUCCCGAUAUCAGUGCCGUCGGUGACGUCGCCAAUUACGGUAUUACCUACUUCCAGCAAGGUAGUGCCAGAAGAUGACGAAAAAAGUACGGGAACGUUGGGCUAUGAUACAUCGUCACCGGUGCCUACUAUCGCAAGCUCGACUUCUGCUUCUAAAAAGAGGAAAGUAGGCCGACCGAGGAAGCUCACGUGUACUUCGGGCGGUGCGAGGCAUUUGACGGAGACAAUCGUCGCUAAGAAACCGAAGAGUAAAAGUUCUCUAGUGGGUUACGUGUUGUCCUCGAAAAAUAGACAUCUACAAACGAAGCAAUACAUAAAUAACAAAACCGGCUAUACGCCGUUACCAUUCAAAACCGGAGUAUCUCCUCCGAAAACGCAAAAGGUCCCGAAAGCAAAGACGAAACCGGCGAAACAAACUCCACUACACAACAAAAACGUAAUCAGUUCCAUCAUCGCCGAGAAAGCGAAGUUGAGCCAAGAAGUGAAACUUGAGAAACACAGUGCUAAAGUAAAACCGAAGUUAAAAGCGGAAGUGAAAGUGAAAAAUUGGGAAGAUGACGAAAACGAUACGAUAGCGCCCGAGAGCAUUCCACUCAAGGAAUUCCUCGUUCAAGAAUCCUCCGUCAAGGAGCCACCGGCGGACGUGGUAGAACGAUCAGAGAAGAAAGCGGAGAAGUCGCGGCACGAGAAGCCAAAGAAGAAGAAGAAGCGCAAGUCCAGUUCAUCGCAGUCGCCGAAUCGCGAUCGGAAGGAAUCCAAACACCGCAGGUCCACGGAGUGCAAGCAGUGCGCGAAGGCUGCUGCUGUGAUGGCGAGAAGCACUGAAAACAUCGUCAGCCGAUGCAAGCUGACAGCCGCACAUCUGGCGAUUGAUCAACUGCGCGUCCUCAUGGCGAUGGGGGGCCUGUUUUAUGCGGGUAGACUAAGUGCCGUGCAAGCGCCUGAUGUUUACGCCAUCACUUUGGAUGGCGAACGCGGGAACAGACCGCAUAUCCACUCCAGAGAAGAGAUCUUGAAAGAUGCGAUCGUGGAGGUGUGUCCAAGCUCGACGAAAGAAUUACCAUCUGGUACCAGACUGUGCGCGUACUGGAGUCAACAGUAUAGGUGUUUGUAUCCGGGAACCUCCGUGGACCCGAUCGAACCCGAUCCGAAACUGGACGAGAAAUUCGUUACUGUAGAAUUCGAUGAUGGAGAUAGCGGUAGAAUCAGAUUGGACGACAUCAGAUUGUUACAGCCCAAUUAUCCUGUCGUAGAAUACGAUCCGAAUCCUUUGCUUUCAUUGGGCAAACGACGGCGACAAAUGUCUUCAUCGGAUGACAAGCGUUCCACGAGCGAUCAUGAAGGUUUGUCAAAAUGCCAGCAUCCUUUCGACUUGUGUCAUUACGGUUCCAAUCAAGAAUCGACGGAUUCCAACGAAAGCGGCGAAGUGCACAGAAAGAAAAAACAUAGAAAACGCAAGUCUUAUAAGGAACAUCGAAGACGUAAGCACAAGAAACAUCGAAAGCAUAAACACAGACGUCAUGGUGGCCUAAGUGAGAGUAAUACAAGCGGAGAAAGCAGCCGGGAGCAAAGGAAUGAAGGAGAAGCGGUUGAAAAUCUGCCGAGUGUAUGUCGAGAAUAUGAAGGUUUUCCUGCUGCCGAGGAGGAGAGGAUACCAUCCGAGGAAGACGAUGAAGUUCAGUUCGAGCCUGAGGAAACAUCGGAGGAAACACCAAUCCAGGAGAAUAACGAAGCUCAGACAGAACAAAGUGAGGCACUAUCACAAUCCAUCCAAGAAGACGACGAGGCUCAGACAGAGAACGAGGAGCAGUCGCAAUCCGUUCAAGAAGAUGACGAGGUACAAAUGGAGUUUGAAGAAUCGCCAGAAUUGGCCCAUGAGGACGACGAGGAUAAAGUUCAAAACGAAUCUGAAGAAUCGCCGGAGCCAGCCAAGAAGAAGAGGAAAGCGCAGACAACACCCUCAACGAGUGGCACUUCGACAAACCGUGCUUCAACGAGUCGAACUUCAUCAAGUCGCCCUUCGACCAGUCGUGACCAUUCUAAAAUAACUCCAUUUCUACCCAACACGCACAUGUGGGAGUGGUCGUCCAAAGCUCGCAAGCACUGCGGAAAGAAGUACUUCCAGUCGAUCCAGAGUGGUGAAGAGACGAUAUCGAUAGGCGAUAGUGUGCUGUUCAUCUCAGAUUCGCAAAAAUCGGUAAAGCCUUACAUCGGUAAAAUUCAGACAUUCUGGGAAGCCCACAAUUCGAAGAAGUGGGUUAAAGUCAACUGGUUUUACCACCCCGACGAGCUACGACCACCUUGUAAUCUAGACCCACCGAACGGGCUGUUCGAAUCGUCGCACAUUGAUCGGAAUGACGUGCAGACGAUCUCUCACAAAGUACAGAUACUGUCUCUCCAAGAAUACACAGAGAAGCUGCAAUUGGAGCCGUACAAAGACAACAUAGGCGAGAGCAACGAUCUGUACUACCUUGCCGGCUCUUACAAGCAUCCAUUAGUGAAAUAUGCGGAGAACGUCAAAGUCAUCCCGAGGAUAUGAGAACAGCUUAAGCUGACGAUUAAGCUAACUGGAAUUGCUUAAUUACGAUCAGCCAACAUUCUGCGAAAUUUCGACAUUAUAACUAUUUAAAUUAUUUAAAUGGACGACUCUCUUCUUAUAGUCUAUGAAUGGAACGAUUUGGAUCUACUCAAGCGUAGAAAAACGUAAUACGCAGAAAGUGUAUAUAAUAAUGAUGCAACCAUUUUAUUGCAAUGAUGAAAAAUGUUUAUUGCAUUAUUAUACACACGCUACUUGUUGCGAGAGCUCGCACUAAACCACAAGGCACAAGCAUUACUUUUAUAAGCAUUCACGAGACAUUUGUAGGGACAUUCGAAUUUUGGAACAGAGCAUUUAUUGUUACUAAACUCUGUUUGGUCAUUGUCUGAUACUGUCAAUAUUGCUGUGUUCUAAUUUCUACUGCUUGACGUUAACUGUUUUUGAUGUUUAUUAUUUAAUGAUAAAUUUUAAUAAUUAUAUAAGACAAAUAAACUAAUAUAUUAAUAAAUUAAUAAUAAUUAUUUCAAUGCUGCUUUAUUUUGUAUAUUUCUUAAAAUACUCUUCAGCAUAGAAAUGUUUUUCGAUUGUGAUAAAUCCUCGAUUGUAAUGAAACGUUAAACGUUAAACGUGCGAUAUUCUUGGAAGAGAAAAAUUGAUAAAUUUUGUAAUCUGCAACUUUAAAUCUUCAUAACAAGCAAUACUUGUGCCUUGUCCAAAAAUUCUUCCUACAAUUCGUCCAAUGAUUCUUCCAUUCGAUUUGUGCGAGAAUUUCUGUAUUGUAAUUACGCUUAAAUGUUGCGCAAGCAGAAGAGAGGCAAGUAGGAAGAGAGGAACGCGGAGGAAGUCGGACCGAUGCAAUAAUCACACCAAGUGGCAUUAAUGCGAAAUGAUUGAAAUAAGAAAUUAUUUAGUGUACAUAUUGUAAAUAUACGAUUUUAAGAACGUGCAUAUAAUACUUAUAUAUAACAUUUGCAUCUCUUUGACACAAAUCAUGUUGGAAAAAUGAUAGAUUCCAAUUUAUACAAUUCAAAUUGUAAGCCGUAAGUUAUAGUGACCUGAGUAACAAUGAUGUUUGAUGCUUUAAUACUUAAGUAACGAAAAUAGGGAGUAUACACAGACACACACUAUUUUUAUGUUCGGAUACUCAAUUGUUUUUAUAAUUAACGCAACAACGCACGAAUGUAUUAUAGAAUAGCCAAUAUAAUGACGUAGUUUUAUUAAAAUGAAACAAAGAUAAUAUUCGAGUCUUUCUUUGAGGAUACAAUUUGUAAAAAACGUGACACGGUCUGUCACAAAUGACAAUGCGGGGUAUCUUAUUUUACUGGUUAAUUAAUAUUUUGUAAUAAGUAUUUGCAUGCUUCGUAAUGCCAUCAGACACAUUUUGGAUCUACAAAUGCAACGAGAAAUAAACAUUAAUUCUAUUAGAGCUUUCAAGAAAAUUAAAUAUUUAAAUGAUCGAUGAUUUCGACAAAGCAUUCGAGUGUACAACGCAGAAAUAGAGAUAUUAACAAUAAAUUAGUUGAGAGGUCGGACAGGUUUUCUUUAUAAAACUUAUCAAGGGAAGUUUAUAAUAUGCAUUGAUAACAUAACGAGAACUUUUUAUUGAAAAAAUAAUAAGAGGAUAAGAGUGGUCUCUCCGAUUGAUUAAGAAGAUUAAAUGACUUUAAUUCAUGUCAGAACUGGAGUUUAAACUCCACUCUAGAAUUUGAUGAGCUAAUAUAUAAUAAGUCGAAAAUGUACUUAUGAGGGAAACUUUUUUGUGAUAUGCGAUUUAUCGAUUCUUUAAAAGCGAAUUGUAUAGUGAAAAUUAUUUUGACCUCUUUUUAUAAUACGUUUAUAUUGGAUAGAAGCCCUAAUUAAUGGGCGCCUGGAUACUACAUGUAUUUAUAAAUAACGCUGAUGCUUUUGUCAAUUACAGAUGCUUCGCAAGUUUGAUUUUGAUCAGCGAUAUACACAAUUUAUUUCAUUAGUAAAAUUGAAAUAUUUGAUGUUAAAAUGUGAAUAAAAAUAUGAAACAAUUGAUCAAUAUGACUGAUUACGUAAGGAAAAAAUAUUUAAUUUUUAUAUUUAGUUUGCGUGCUUAAUUAAUUUAAUUAAAUUAUUUAAAUUAACUUACUUAAAUUAAUUAACUAAAUUGCGUGCUUCGACUGCUUCGCAAGAAAAAGCAAGAAUUGGCGAGUCGCAUGUCACGAGUCCCUCUUGUUAGAUUAAGAAUGGCUUCCUUUAUCUGUCGACACGUUAAUUAGUUCAAUAGUGUGUUCGUUUCCGCCCCUUUUUUCCUCCUUUCAAUACCGCAAAAAGAGAUUCUAAUACACGCUCGGACGUAGCAAUGGGCGUAGUGAUACAAAACAAGGUGCUGUACAUCAAUAGAAGAUUUUUCUCUUGUUGAUUUGUAGAAAUAGAUCUUCAGCUGAAGAAAUUCGACAGAUAUCGAUUUUCUUCUUCUUUUUUAAGUCGUAUAAACUGGUUAGUCUUAAAAGACAAGUUUCUUAUGACUUUUAUAUUCAGACGUAAUGCGUAAUGUUCGUUCAGCGACGAAUACAUCAAACUUUGACCAUCGUUUACACUUGUUAUAACUAGAGAUACAUAAGCAUCGAACGCGUUUAUUCUUCUUGGAUCUUUGCAGAUAUUGAGAAUAUCACUAGAAACUAUGAGAAGAGUUAAAUCGCGUGUUCCAUAUUUUUGCGGCGAGCUUCUUGUUGUGUGAGAUACAAAUUAAAAAAAUUAUUAACGUUUAUGCUGAAAUGAUGAACAUUUUGAACACGUGUCCAAGAUCCAUUUAACGUUCGGUUUUUAUGCAUCUUUAGUUAUUGACGUUUACUUGAGUCUGUGUCCUCGAAACGCUUGCUAGUUUUGAGAUUAUGCGAGAGUAUGACAAAAUAACUAGUGGAACAAUGACGAAGACAUACGCGUUGCAAAAUUGAUACUUCAAACGUAGUUUCCCAUUCUUUAUCGCCAAAACUUCGGAUUUCGAUGAAGCUUCACGAAGUGUUAUGAAUAAAGCUAAAAAUUCCUACAAGUUUUCACAAUCUAAUUCACAGUAAUUCUUAAAAUGAUAUAAACCAAAAGUGAAUUUUUUAAGGCUAUAUAAUAAAUAAUCUCUCAAAUGGUCGAUCAAUAUUUUCUUAACAUUUUUCCUUGAAGGAAAAGUAAAGUUUUGCACGAAAUCAUCGUGUAAUUCUUCUCGUGAUAACACCAUGCUAUUAUCGUAGUUUAUGAGCACAUAAAA